AUGUCCACGCUUAACCAGCUAGAGAUCACGCCUGCUCCAGCUCCAGCCUAUCAGGAAGAAGAAAAUAUAGAUCGAUUACUGAGAAAAGCAGAUUGGAGACUUUUACCAUUACUUAUCGCCAUUUAUCUAUGUAAGAACAUGGAUGGGAAUCUCGUUUCUUAUGUGAAAACGAUGAAUGCGGGUGAACCCACCAACAUCCUGAAUUCCUUGAAUAUCACUGCCAAUCAAUUCGCCUACGCCUCAACAUGCUUUUCUGUAACCUAUAUUGUGUUCGAGGUACCGAGCAACUUGAUCAUCAAAUGGUCCACUCCUCGACUUCACUUCUUUCGAAUUCUCGUAAUUUGGUCGGUCGUUUGCGCUUGCACGGCGGCAUGUACAAAUCUAGCUGGAUUUCUGACUGCGAGAGCCUUCCUCGGAAUGACAGAAGCUAGUCUGCUCCCUGGUAUCUACUGGCAAUUGACCUGCUGGUAUCGACCUGACGAAAUCGCUCUUCGUAUGGCCUCUCUGAGUGUUCUCGGUCAAUUUUCCGGGAUUCUCGAUUCGCUACUGACAUAUGGAUUGUCAUACAUCGACGGAAGGGGGCUGGCCUCCUGGCGAUGGGCGUAUAUCAUAUGUGGUCUAAUAGGCAUAGUUGAAAGUGUUUGGCUGUUCUUCUACUUUCCCGAUUUCCCUGAUUCACCACCUUCACGAAGACAGUUCUUGACUCCUGAGGAAGGAGCGUUCUUAGUCGCUAGAUUACCGCCUAAUGCAGCUAGGUCGAGUGAUAGAAUCUUCGAUUGGCCAGCUAUCAGAAGGCAGCUUAAGAGUCCUUUACUCUGGGGAUUCUCAUUCUUCGCAUUGUGUAUGAACAGCUCACUAUACGGCUUAUCAUUCUGGUUACCCACCAUCAUUUCUUCAUUUGGGUUGACGAAGGGACCGAAAAGUCAACUGUUAAAUAUCCCUUCGGCUGUCGUAUCGAUCAUUUCGUCCCUUUCGCUUUCAUGGUGGUUGGAUCAUGAUACUAGAACUUCAAGACCGCUUUUCAUGCUUAGUGGAGCAACUGCUUUGAUUGGUACUUUCCUAGGUAUGGUAUUUUGUAAAUCAUCUGGAGGCUUAUACGCUCUCAUCUUGCUUGCGCAAGCAUUCGCAGCUUUGAUGACUUGCGCAUUACUUCCCCUGAGAUCACAGAGUCUGCGCGAAUCAACUUCCGCGGCGUUCAUCACGGCCUUCCAAAAUGCCUGGGGUCAGAUCCCAGGACUAUACACGGCCCAAGUUUUCCAAACAAAAUAUGCGCCCCGAUACGCAGUCUCAUACUCCGUCUCUAUAAUCUUCAUAGUGGGCUUGAUGUCUGCUUCAUUGUUCAUCUGGUACUUCCAAUAUGAUGUCGAGAAGCAAACCAGAGAGAUUGCGAGGUUGAGGAGAGAAGAAGGUAAGAAGAAUAUCGUGGUUGGAGAGGAUAUCAAGAUUUAG